AUGGCUACAGAGCCGACUGCUCAGAAACGGCCGAGGUCGCCGACUGCGUCUGAUCAGGCAUUGCCGGCUCCCAAGGUGCAGCGGACGCAUGGGAACCAGCUGCAGAUCAACUACCUCGCCAGACAACACAAAGAGACUAUUCCUCUCGUCACUGUCAAUGAGAAGCUUCCGGAGCUCCUCCGACUUGUUGGCGAGUACGAUGGCGUCCUCCAGCGACACGAAUCUAUCGCCGGCAAUUUAGGCGCAUGCCCUCUUGGUCCAAUCCUCCUCAAGCGCUUCGACCGCCUCUUCGAUGGCCCUCCACGUAUUCUAAAAUCCCACGCUCGCGAUGCAAAUGUCACAUGGCUUGACGUCGUUGAGUUUGCGCAGAAUAAGCCGGAGCAAUUCAAUCUCGAGAAGAUGCGCAACGGCGUUCGUGUGUGCCAGUUCUAUACCAAGCAGUGUCGGGUAGAGAUCUCUGAGGAGGAUUUCGUUCUCAUCGCCAGUGGUAUGCCUCAGAAGCUAAUCCCGCCACAACCCAUCCUAGAGGACGAAGAGAAGGAACUGGGAGUCAUGGAUCUCCUCGACCGAAAUCUCGGGCAAGUCAUCCAACUCGCUGACCAAGUCUCCGCUCGUGCCCGUCAGCUCAUUCAUAAGAUGAAAAACCGACGUACAGCCAUCCUAUCACGAAGAGAGACGGAAGGUGCCAACGCCCCUCAAGCCCCACCACUUCGCUCAAACGGCUCACCGCAUGCAGAAGCCAACGGUAUUGCUGCGCAACCAGUCCGCAGCGUCGAGGCUGCAUCACCGACCAUGGGCUUCACUGCCGUCAAUGUACGCCAGUCGAUCAGUGAAGCUCCCAAGACUAGCAGCAUUACUGCGGACGACCUUUUCCCCACUUCAAGUGCUGGCAAUGUGACCUACAUUAAUGGCAGAUCCAUCAAAGGAGCUUCACCUACGGAGCGAGCUGAAAUGAUGAAGAAGUUCAUGUCUUCUAGUGAUCGCGAGAGCGGCGCCCAUGACUCCGAUCGCCGCGCUUCAAUCGGGACUUCGUCACGGCCACAGCCACUGAAUCAGCCUUCGGCAAACCGACCCCGCUCCGAUUCAGUCGACUAUACUGGCAGACCUAUGGAAAGCAACCCAAAUGCUCUUGUUGCCAUUCCCAGCACACCUGCUCAGCUCAUGCCCCCAGCAAAGAGCCCCUUUCUCGAACGAGAUGAUGGCGGACCUUUCAAGUCCGAGAUGGUGAGCAGAAUGGAAUCCAUGCAACGAGGCGAGCGCGUCAUGCCACCGUGCGACCGUUGCCGACGGCUGCAUAUGGAUUGCUUGAAGAAUCUAACCGCCUGUAUGGGCUGUACCAAGAAGCAUGCCAAAUGCUCUUGGAAGGAUGUUCGACCAGAUGAGCUUCAAGAACUUGAGAGAGGAUUGGAUGGCGAGCAUGAUAAUCAUCGGCGAGAACCAAUUCCCGACCACACCUCACCGCCCCGGACGAUCGCCGAAGUGACGCGACAGAUUGAGGAAAGCUCGCGACCACCUAAUUCUCUGUCUGCUCCACCAGAACAGAAGGAUGAGGCUGGCGAUACUGUCAUGGAAGAUAGUGCUCCACAAAAGGAUCCAAGUCCCCCACGUGCAGACCCUCCUUUGGCAACCGAAGCUCUCCGGCCGCCUACGCCUAAACCUUCUCCUAAACCCUCGCCGCCAGCGACAGCACCCGCAGCAGCACCUGCUCCAAUGCAGUCUAAAUUCGACGUCAAACCACCAGCCUUUACGCAACAGCUCCAGGACGCAGCAAGCCGCAUCUCGCCACCUCGCUAUCCGCAGUAUUCUGCCUACCCUCCGAAAGAUUCACAUCGAAACAUGGAUAUUGACGAGAAUGACGAGGGCGAUCGUUUACAGGCUCUAGCCGCGCAAGUCUACCGCUCGGCUUCUCAAAGUGUGAAGCCGCAAGAGUCAAGCCAGGCGUAA